AUGGGAAACGAUCUUUCCCUUGUUUUGCGGGCUUGUGUUCCAAUGCCUGAUCCUUCACAGGUUCAGCAACCGCAUUCAUACAAUAAAGGAAAAAGAUGUUGUGAAUUUUCAUCCACAUAUACCGAGUUAAGACUUGUGGAGGGGAAUAACUUUAAUCCACAAACUCUUAUGGCGUUAUCUGAUAGUGCUGCAUUGUCUCCAACGGUUGCUGCAGCACCACUUCGACUUUUGGUAGCUGAAUGCACCCCAGAAACCCUCACUAUGCUUGAUUUCCGAGAUUCAAAUUCUUUCUUCUUCCUACAUGAAGAGAUGCGCUGCACACAGUGCGCAGGAAGGAUUGGAUUGGUCGUAGACCCAUCUGUGUGUAUAGGACAACGUUUGUAUUCGGCGGAACAGCGUCAUGUGUUUACACAGAGUCUUUCUAUCUUUUUUUCUAAACUUGUCCUCCUUCUUAAGGACCCUGCUAUUGCAAGUAUGAUGGAUAAGGGUAUAAAUACCUUUAAUGAUACGGAGAUGCCGAGCGAUCUCGUCAGAACACGUCCUAACACACCGAGUAAAGGGAAUUCUCAGUUACGACAUGAACUUUUUCUUGUGGAUCUUCAGCAUGGAUUAUUGGAUGAUGUGAGUGGUCCGUGGAUUGUUCGGGACAUUACAGAUCACAUGGGACGUGCAAUACAUCAUCACUCGGCGGUAUCACGCUUGUGCGGACAGCACUCAACUUUCUCAAUCCGUUCAAGGAGUCUGCAAGAUUCACCAACAGCGAAAGGGCUAGUAAGCGGUGGGAAUCGUAUAAUUGUUUGCCCCCCACCUAAUGUUUCUACUGCUACAACAACAACAACAACAACAACCAAUAAUAAUAAUAAUAAUAAUAAUAAUAAUAAUAAUAAUAGUACUUUUUCUAUCCCUGCUGGUGAGGAGAAUACUGAUAUCGUUUUGCCUCCUCCUGAUCCGAUGCAGUUCGCUUUUUGCAGCUCGCUUCGUCAUAUAAAUCUAUCACACAACAAUAUGUCCCUCGUUGGAUUGCGCAAAUGUAUGAUUGAGCUUAUUGAACAGAGUAAAGAAAAGUCGGUAGGACAUGUCAAAUCUCUAGAAGUGAUUGAUAUAAGGUGGAAUGAAGAGUCUCUUGCUGCUCAGCAUCUUGCUGCUGAAAUGGCUUCUUCCUCUAACUUAAACAUAUUGAUUGGUGACAGUGGCAAAAGGUGGCGUCACACAUCGUCAGAAUCAGGAACUAAAUUUUCUACUUACGAUUCCCGUAGCCCUUCUGGAGUAUCGUAUGGCCCUCCUGUAAGUUUGUGGAAUUAUGAAUAUCUUUCCAAUUGUGCACGCGAAGUUGGUGAAGAAGAAGGUCAUACAGUUGAUAUAAAUGUGUUGCAUCUGCAUGGGCAGAUAAAUCUAAAUAAAGGCAACGUAAUACCUCCUGCGAGAGAUAACGAAGAGGAAACAUUGUUGCCUAAUCAGAAUCGAUUUGAAGAAGAACCAAGAGAAAACUACCCGUUGGAAAUUGAUACUACUCUUCUUGUUGUGUCUGAAGAGAUAUCCGAACCUAUGCAAGAUGUUAGAGAGACCUUAACAGAAAAUGAAUUGGAAAGACAUCCCUCCGAAAAUGAAGCUUCUGAUGAUAGUAUGAAAAAAAGAGAGCCAAUACAUGCACCUUUCAGUGACAAUGGUGAAUAUGUUGAACCCACAUUCAAUGAGCCAAUUUCAAAUGAAGAAGCAAUGUAUCCAAAAGAACCACCAAGUUUGAAGGUGGAGGAUAUUUCUCAGUACCUUAAAGAUAACGUUCAUGAUGUUAUCCAUGAUAUACCAGUUGCUGCUGUUGAUGGAGGUGCAGCUGUUACAUAUGUUUCUGAGAGUGACACUCCUGAAAAAUGUCCUGCAGCUCUCCCUGUAGUGAAUUUACCCAAAGUAACGCCACGACCCGUCAUUUCCCCUACAUAUACUUUCCCUCCAGUCUCGAAACGUGGAACUCUUGCUUCAGAUAAGGUGACAGGAAAGGGAGGAGCAGGAAACUCACCUGUACUUCGGAAAAAAGUAACCCCUGAUUCUUCUCAUGUUAAACGUCCACCUGGUCAUGGUGUUAUUAGUAAUAGUAGUAGUAGUAGUAAUAAUAAUAAAACACUGGACGGUAAUCCCAAGCGUUUGAAUCGUCCAAACAACGAGGUAAUCGCACCAGGGGCCAAAUCUCCUGAGCCACAUCGACGACAACAAAGUAACAACUCCCGGCUGCAGUCUCCAGUUGUAAAACAAACCCCUCAUAAAAAAGAAGGCGUGCAAACCACAACGGCGGUGACAGCAGCAACAGCAGUUAAGUCACUAGGUAGAUCUCCUCAUUUGGAGAAGCAACAUUCAAAGACCUCUAGCCGUCCUCGUUCCAAUCAAUAG